GGAGGAAAAAAAUUACACACACGGUUGGGUCUAGAAAAAAACAGAGGGGUAAAAUAGCUUCUCCCCGGAUGGAUUGUUCGCAUAAAGACAGGCCACAAUGUAGAAUCGAGCAAUAGUCCAUCACAGGAUACAGCCGUGUAUACAUCCGAUAAAAGACUACUACAGUAAAGUGUAGCAUCGUUCUAGAGUUUACUGUGUACGUGUCAACUAAAGGUUCAUUCUUCGACCAAGUGCCACAAUAAGCAUAGCGAUGAAAUUCCUGUGCGUUGCUGUUUGUCUUACCGUGAUGUGCCUUGAUUCAUUAGCACAAAACAAUCAAUACCUGCCCCCAGACAAAGGUUAUGCUUACGACAAACCGAAUCAGCCAUUCCCAUCUUCCCCUCAACCUCAGAAUGUUCCUCGACCACAGCCCACUCCUGGUCGUCCGGCACCAUCUUAUGGCCCUCCAGCUCAGGAUGAUCACCAUCACGAACCUGGAAUGCCUUUCGAUUUUCAAUAUAACGUGAAUGACAUUGAAACCCAAAAUGAUUACUCUCAUAAGGCGGUAAGUGACGGUGACGUGACACGUGGCGAGUACCGUGUCCAGCUUCCUGAUGGACGUACGCAAGUUGUGCGCUAUACUGCCGAUUGGAAGAAUGGGUACAACGCUGAGGUGUCGUACGAAGGGGAAGCAAAAUAUCCUGAAGGCCCUGGUCAGGGUGGUGCCAAUGCAGGUGGAUACAAAUAUUAGAAGCCGACUAGCACAAAAUCUUUCAUCACCACUUGAAUGAUGGACUCAACCGACCAUUCUCGCGUCCGAUAAGACUAGACUUUCUUUUACAGAACGGUAGAACCAACUCUAUAAAUGUUCCCUUUCAUGUUUGCAUCAACUACGCUAAGGUUAUCAUUAAAGUAAGAGUCAUUAAGCAGGUAAAGUUCACAUACAAAUCGCAACUUAUAUUAAAAGAGCACUUUUGCAACUUAGCAAUGUGGUGAAUAUGGUUGGCGAACUCAUUCAUUCCUAGGUUGUAGAUGGUUGUAGAAUUUCCCGAAGUCAUUUAAUUCCCAUUUGAUGAUUCUGAAACCAACUGCCGUGCGAGAUAUCGUUAAAAUAAACUCCAUAGCGAGCCAAUUUGAUAUUUCCUUUCCAAAUAUCAUUUUAAAGAUGGAUUAAGA